AUGACUACAGAAUACAAAUUAGAUAUUGUAUUAGUAUCUCCACCUAACAAGAUUAGAUAUACUCAGCAAAUUUGUAAUGGGACCAAUAAUUUGUGUCCAAUUCCAACUGGAAAAAUAGUUGAAAUAAUAACGGAAAUUCCAAUACCUGAAUAUUUUAACGUUUCAUCGCUUUUUGUUUCUCCUUCUAUUUAUUAUAUUGUUGAUG